AUGCAUUUGCGGAAGCUCUUCGUCUUGGAAGUGCUGGCUCUGUCACCGGAGGAGUUUGAGAGCUUGGCGACCCAGCGUGGUAGCCGGUCUGCUCGGGCCUUGAAGGAGCACCUCACGUCGCUGACGGGGCAGACGUCUGUCUCCCUGAUUCCCCUUCAGGUGGUCCUGCCCUUGGAACUCGCCAGUGCCGGAGGGAAUGCUGAAAUCGUUCGGAUGCUGCUUGACGCCCGCGCAUCGGUCAAUGUGGGAGCAGACGCCCGAGUGACACCUUUGUUCUCUGCCUGCAGCGAGGGUCACGUCGAAACGGUGCGCUUGCUGGUCGAAUUCCGGGCCGACAUUAACGUUCCUGCUGCGAAUGGAUACACUCUGCUUCAUGAGGCGUGUUCAAAAGGGCGCUGUGACGUUGCGCGCUUCUUGAUCCAGGCUGGCGCGGACAAGGAUGCAACCAGCUCCGAUGGUCCUCCGUUGCACAUGGCCAUUGCCCUUGGCAACAUCGGAGCUGUGCGCGUCUUGCUGGAGGCUCGGGCAAACAUGGAGGCCGUCCCACCGCUUGGCACGUCCGCACUGGUUGCGGCCUGUGCAUCCGGGCAACUGCAGGCGACCGAGCUGCUCAUCCAACACCGAGCACAGCUCGACUUCGCAGAUGACCGAGGUCUCGUCCCCUUGCAUGUGGCUUGCUUUCUGGGCCACCUGGAAAUCGUUCGGGCCUUUGUCCACAGCAGGGCAAACCUGAACCUUGUGACAGGGGACGGCUUCUCCGCACUGGAUGCCGCCCGCACGCGUGAUCAUCAAGACGUCGUCGCUUUGCUCACCGAGGCGGGCCAGGCGACCAUGACCGACCGACAGCCCAAGCGAAGGCGCCGCAUGAAGGGGCCGCCCUAA